ACAUGAUAUGAUAUGAUGUGAAACUAGGUUUAUAAACAUUUCAUUAAUUUCUUUGUAUCAUUUGAUAUCUGAACCCCGAAGCUUAUUCAUCCAAUUUCAGCGUAAUUCAUAAUAUCAUAAACUCUCAGUUUGAAUAAAGAUUUGAUGAUGGGCGAACCUCUGAUAAAAAAUUUGGAGGAAAUAAUUGGCCAGCGACUAUCACGCAAUGAGACCAUCGAAAAGGCGGAAAUACUGAACCUUUUGGAACCUGGAGAAAAUUAUAUGAGUGAAAUGACGAAGAUACACGUAUCGGUGAAAAACAGAGUCACCGAGGCCGAGAGAGAAAUUUACGCUAUUGGCAAAUGCGUCGCUAAGCCGCCGCCGAACUUCAGUGACUUUGUGACAGCUUUGUCGCCAUUUUUGUUCACCAAAGAAAUGAUGUUUUACAAAGAAGUGAUCCCCGCCAUCCAGACAUUUCUGAAAAACCGUGGAGCCAGCCCUGUGGAUUAUUACCCGGAGUUUUACGGGGGAAGGCUCAAUUUGUCUGGCGGUAGCGAAGCUGACAACGAUGCCGUUUUGCUAUUAGAAAAUUUACAAACAAGUGGAUAUCAGAACAUGGAUAGACACGAAGGGUUCGACUUUGACGGUGCCAAAACGGUUUUAAAAGACCUAGCCCACUUUCAUGCAGUAUCAGUAGCCAUGAAACUCCUCGAACCCGAACUGUUCCAAGAAAAAAUCCAGAAAAUCUGCGACCUCAAAUUCUCCCCACCUACCGAAAAACCAGAAGGUAAACCAGAUGGACCAGUACUGCCAACGCCGGCGAAAGAAGCGUUGGUCGCGGUACUAGAAGAAGACGAGAAGUGCGUACCUGCCAUCCCGAGCUUCCUCCAGAUGUUGGAGAAACAGAAAAAUAUGAACUUCGAAGAGAAGUUCAAUAUGAAACAGAGAGAACCCUUCGCCACCAUGACGCACUCGGACCUGUGGAUGAACAACACCAUGCAAAAGCUGGACCACAAGAACAGACCCAUCAAAAACAAAUUCGUCGAUUUCCAGGGGAUGUCUUACGCCAGCCCUGCCACAGAUCUGCUUUUUCUCUUGUUCACCAGCGUGCAAAUCUCUGCCUUGAAGACCCGUUUCAAUUACCUGCUGAAGUACUACCACGAUAACUUCACGAAAGUUCUCAGAGAGUUGGGAUGCGACUUAACGCCUUUUAGCUAUGAGAACUUUUUGGAGGAAGUGAAAGCGGAGAUUCCCGCUUCGAUUGACCAUGCGUCGUUUUUCUUGCUGGUCAUCGUUUUCGGGAAGAAGGGAGUGGCUGCUGAUCCAACUCAGGCUGAUAAGUUGGUCAUGGAAGAUUUCGAUCCAAGGGCUCGCGAGAUAUUCAGAUUUAUUGUUCAUGAAGCGUACAAAAGAGGAUGGAUGCAAUAGGAUAUUGAAAAAUUCUUGAAUUAUAUCCUAGGACAGAUCAUAGAGGUCUGUGGAGAGAGAGCAGAGUAUUCAAAAUUGA